AUGUUAAAUGAUGGUAGCAUUUGUAGCGGCGGUAGCAGUGGCCUAGGUAAUAGUAGUAGUAUUAGUUUUUAUAAUACCACUAGCAGAAAUACUAGGAGUGUUGUCAGUAAUAGUGGUAUUGGUGGUAUUAGUAGUGGUGAUAGUAGUGUUAGUGCUGGUGGCAUUAGCAUUGGUGGCGGUAGUAGUGACAAUGUCAGUGGUGGUGGUGGUAGUAGUAGUAGUGACAAAAGUGGUAGUAGUGGCGGUAGUAGUAGUGGUAAUUUUGGGAAUAUAAGUACUAGUAUUGGUGAUGGUAGUGGCAGUAGUAGCCGUGGCGGUAGUAGUUGUAGUGGCCGUAGUAUUGGUGGCAGUGGUGGUAGUAGUGGUAAUUGUAUUGUUAGUAGUAUUAGUGGCUAUAUUGUUAGAGGUAGUUGUGCUAGUACUAGUGGUAAUAGUGGUGGUGGUUAUUGUCGCAGUAGCAGUAGUGGUUGUGGUAGUAAUGAAAGUGGUGGCAGUGGUAGUAAUGGUUGUAAUAAUAGGGGUAGUGGUGGUUGUAUCAGUAGCAGUGGUUGUAUUAUUUAUGGUAGUGGUGGUAGUAUCAGUGCCGUUGGCGACAUUAGUAGUAGCGGUGGUGGCGUUGGCGGUAGUAUUGGUCUUAGUAGUAGUGGUUCAAGUAUUAUCACUGUCAGUAGUAGUAUUGCUAUUAUUAGCAAUGGUGGUGGUAGCAAUAUCAGUAGCGUUGUAAGUAGUAUUAGUAGUGGUGGUAGUAGAACUGCUAGCGGCGGUAUUAGUAAGAAAAGUGACAGUAGUGUUAGUAGUGGCGGUAGGUGUAAUGGUACUGGUGGUAUUAGAAGUAGUAAUGUUGGUAGUGGUAUCGGUGGUGGAGGUAGUGGCAGUAGUUGUGGUGGUGUUAGUAUUAUUAUUAUUAUUAGCAGUAGUAGUAGUAGUGGCAAUAGUGGUAGUAUUAGUAGUGGUAUUAUUAGUAGUGGCGGUGGUGGUAUUGGUAGUAUUAGUGGUGGUAGUAGCAGUAGCAUUCUUGGUAGUAGUAGUAGUAGUAGUAGUAGCGGCAGUAUUAGCAGUAGUGUACGUAAUAGCAUUUGUAAUAGAGGUGGUAGUAAUAGUGGUAGUGGUAGUAGUAGUAUUAGUAGUAACGGUGAGAGGUGUGGUAGCGGCGGUAGCAUUAGUAGUGGUAGUGGUAGUACUAGUAACAGUGGUGGUAUUAGUGGUGUUAAUAGUAGUAGUGGUGGUAGUAGAAGUAGUAGUGAUAGCUUUAGUAGUAGUGGUGGUGGUAGCAGUAGUGAUGGUGGCAGUAUUAUUAGUGAUGUUGGUGGAGGCAGCAAUACUGGUGAUAGUGGUAGUAGUAGUGGUGGCGUCAGAAGUAGUAGUCGUGGUAGUAGAAGUAGUAGUGGUGGUAUAAGUGGUGUUACUAGUAUUAGCAAUGGCGGUAUUAGUACCAGUGUUUGUAAUAGAAGUAGUGUUGGUAGUAUUAGUUUUGGUGUUGGUGGUAGUAGUAUUAUUAGUGGCAGUAGUAGUGGAGGUAGUAGUAGAAUUAGUGGCGGCAUUAAUAGUAGUAGUGUUGGAAGUAGAGGCAGUGGUAGUAGUGGUAGCAGCAUUACUGCUUGUAGUAGAAGUAGUGGUGGUAGCACUAAAAGUGGUGGCGUUAGUAGUAUUAGUAGUUGCCGUAGUAGUAUUAGUGGUGGUGGUAGUAGUAGUUGUGCUGGUAGCAGCAGUAGUGGUGGUGGUAGAAUUAGUAGUAGUGAUCUGAAUAUCAGUAUUAAUAAUGGUAAUAGGAGUAGUGGUGGCGGAAAUAGUAGUAUUAGUGGUGAUAUUUGUAGUAAUAGUGGAUGGAGUAGUAGUAGCAGUGGUAGUUGUAGUAGUAGUAGUAGUAUUGAUGGUGGUAGUAUUGGUGGUGGCAGUUGUAUUACUAAUAGCGGUGGUGGUAUACUAGUGGUGGCGCUUAGUAUUGGUGGUGGCGGUAGCAGUAGACUUGCAAUUAAGGGUGUUAGUAGUAGUGUUUGUGGUAGUAGAAGUAGACGCGGUGGUAAUUGUAGUACUAAUAGUGGUAGUGUUAAGAUUGUCGGUAAAAAUAAUAAUAUUCGUGGUGGUAGUAGUAGUAGUAGUAACAGCGGGGCUAGUAGUGGUGGCAGUGUGAGUGGCAGUCGUAGCGUAGUUAUUAGUGGUAGUAUUAAUAGUAGUGGUUGUGGUGAUAGUAGUAGUUGUAGUGGUAGUAAUAGAAGUGGUGUUGGUGGCAGUAGUAGUACUGUUGAUAGUAAUAUUAGUGGUGGUGGGGCUACUAGUGGAUUUUGCGAUGGUAGAAGUAGUAGUUGUGGUAGUAAUAAUAGUUUUACUGGCGGCAGUUGCAUUAGCAGCGUUAGUGGUAGCAUCAGAUUUGGUAUUGUUAGCAUUGGUGGUGGUAGUAGUAGUAGUGGUAUUGGUGGCAGUAGCAGUAAUAGUGGUGGUAUUAGCAGUAGCAUUGUUGGUAGUAGUAGUAGUAGUAUUUGCGGUAGUAUUAGUGGUUGUAUUGGUGAUAUAAGCAGUGGCAAUAGUGUUGGUGGUGGUAACCAUAGUGGAAGUGGUAGUAGUUGGGGUGGUAGUGGUAGCAGUAUUUUUGGUAUUAUUAGUAGUAAUAGUGGUGGUAGUAGUAGUGGAAGUAGGGGUAUUAGUAGUGGUGGUGAUAGUAUUAGUAAUGGUUGUAGUUGUAGUGGUAUUUUCCGUGGUAGUUUUAGUAACGCUGAUUGUAGUAGUGGUACUGGUAGUAGUGGUGGUGGUAGUAGUAGUAGUAGUAGUAGUAGUAGUAGCAGUAGCAGUAGUAGUAGUGUUGAUAGCAGUAGCGUCAUUCGCGGUGGUAGUAGUAGUAGUAGUAGCAGUAGGGUUGGUAGUAGUAGUGGUCGUGGUAGCAGUAUUGGUAGUCCUGGUAGCAGUGGUAGUAGUGGUAGUAGUAGUAGUAGUAGUAGUAGUAGUAGCUGUGGUAAGGGUAAUAGUCGUAGUAGUAUUAGAAAUGGUAGUAGUAGUGGUCGCACGAAUAAUAUUACUGGCGGUGGUAUUAGCAGUAGUGGGGAUAGCAGCAGUAUUAGUGGCAUUAGCGUUAGCAAUAUUGGCAGUGAUGGUAGCAGUAGUACUAGUAGUGUUAGUAGUGGUGGUGGCAGUAGUAAUAGUGGUAGUGGUGGCAUAUAUAGUGGUAGUGGCGGAUUUAGUAGUAGUGCCGUUGGUAGUACUCGUAGCUGCAGCGGUACUAUUAGCGGUAGUGGUGGUGUUAGGAGUGUUGGUGGUUGUACUAGCUUCAGUGGUAGUGGUGAGAGAAGUAGCGGUUGUCGUGUGAGAAGUAGCAGUAGUAUUGAUGGUGGUGGUUGUAGUUGUAUUAUUGGUGGUAUCAGAAGUAGUAGUGUUGGUAGAAAUAGUAGAAUUGGUGGUGGUAUCAAUGGAACUGGUGAUAGUAAUAGUAGUAAUGGUGGUUGUAGUAGUAGGUUCGGUGGUAUUAGUAGUAAUGGUGAUGGUAGUAGUCGUAGUAUUGACGGUAGUAGUAAUAGUAGUGUUGGUAUCAGUAGUAGUAUUGGUGACAGUAGUGGUGGUGUUAGUGGGAGGGGGAGUAUUAUUGGUGGCAGUAGUAGCAGUCUUGGUGGUAGUAGUUUUAAUAUUAUCAUUUUUAUUAGUAGUAGUAAUGGUAGUAGUAGUUGUAGUGGUGUAAGUAUUAGUGGUAUUGGUGGCGGUAGCAAUAGUAGUAAUAGUUGUAUCAGUAGUAGUAAGAGUACUGCUGGUAAUUGUAGUAGUGGUGGCGGUAGUGGUAGUACUGGUGGUAUUAGUAAUGGUAGUAGUAUGCGUGCUAGUAGUAGUGGUGGUAGUAGCACUAGUAACAAUGGUUGCAUUAAUAAUCGUGAUGAUGGUAGUAGUAGUGGUGGCAGUGUUAGUAAUGGUGGUGACUUAGAAAUAGUAGUGGUUGUUAGUGGUGUUGGUAGAAGUAGUAGUAGGGUUGGUAAAAGCGGUAGUAGUGGUGGUAGUGGCAGUAGUAGUGGUAAUAAUAGUAUCACUAGUGGUCGUAGUAGUAGUAGCACUGGUGGUAGUAGUAGUGGUAGUGUUGGUAGAAGUAGUAUCAUUGGUGGUGGCAGCAGUAGUAUUGUAGUUAGUAGUAGUAGUAGCGACAAAGUAUUAGUGUUUAAAUCGUAUUGGCGUUAG